CUCUCCAAUCCAGGUACUGAUCCAGACCUGCUUAGCUUUAGCAACAUGGUGGCCUCACAUGCCUUCAGACAAUUUCUGUUGGGAAGCAAGAUCUAGUAUCCUGGCUCUGCUAUCCUUGCCAUCUCCAGGGACCAUUUUCUUCUUUCUUGCAGGAGCUCUCUCUCUUUCCAUGAGCGAUGAAGAUAUAAUCUGUAAGACUCGGUGCCUCAUUAACUGCUCAAAAGGAUACUACCACACCUCUGGCAACUGCCUCGAGUGCCCUGUUGGAUUCUUCUGCCCAGGAGGUCACAUGGCUCCACGCUUAUGCCCCAUAGGAACCUAUAAUCAACUUACAGCUCAGGAAGAUAUUGCAUCCUGCCAGGCCUGCCCAGAUGGUUACAUCAGCUUGGACACCCGAGCUGGGUGCCAGGUAUGUCCAGAUGGCUACCAGUGUGAUCCACAGAUGGGUCUACAGAGAAAGUGUAUCCCUGGUCAGUAUUCACCGGCUGGAGAGAUGGAGUGUAAGGAAUGCCCCAAAGGAUAUGUCUGCCCUGAUGGACAGGAGAUACAGGUAGAGAGUAUCACACCUAAUGCUAGCUGA